CCGCUCUCGAAAUUCCUAAUAGAUCAAAGGUGUGUGGCCACCACAAAUUUUACAGUUUAUCCGUCGACCUCCUACCGUUGCAUAUGUCAGUUCUCCCCAUCCUUGCGCUUCUACCUGAAGUAGAAGAGUUCAUUUCUCAAAAGCUUCAGUAAUGGGCGUUUAAGAGCUCGAUUUGUGGAGCAACUAAUGGAAACAGUGCUUUUAGCAUUUCUCUUAUGAGGAAUAUAUAUAUUUAUCUCUCAUUUUGUGGGAAGAAGAAGAAGUGCUUCAACAUUUCUGCCUGAAACCGAGCUCGGAACCGUUUCAGGAAUCGAUGGGGCAAGGUGAUGAGAGUAAUGGUACAGAUCCGAAAAAACGCGCACAGUCUGUUAUUGAUGUAGCACCUCUCCGUACUGUGCCCUACACAGGUCCUCUCCCAACAUAUGGACCUGUGGAGGGAUAUAAAACAUCCUCGACCUCAUCUGAAAAUGAUGAAUCUUCAGAGAAUGCCAGCACUCAACCAGCAAUGGUUUAUUUUACUGAUCUUUCGACUCCCGAAGAGAAGACCAGUCUUUUUGCUGCGGCCAGUGCUAAAGCAGGGAGUUUGAUUACUGGAACUGCUCUAAUGGGGAAAGUAGGAAAUCCUAUAGGAGCUGUUGAUAUUCUAGAGUCUGAUACCAAGUAUUUGUUCCGUGUCUCACUCCCUGGUGUUUCAGCGGAUGCAGGUGCUAGCAUGGAUGUCCGCAAUUUUGCCGGAAUGGAGAAGAAGGCGGCCAAAGAGCCAAAGAAGGAGACGAGCAUUCAAAAGCCCGUUGAUGAUUUUUUUUUGAAGGGCAGUGAGCCCUCGACUGUCCCCGUUGAUGCUGCUGCUGCUGCGAAGAGGAAGGCGACAGACAAGGAUGUUGCCCCCGUCGAAAAGAAACCAAAGAAGGGGGAUGCCGGGAAGAAGGCUCCUCCGGUCCGGAUCGUGGAUGAGCACUCGACUUUUGAGCCUGUGGCUGUAGCAGCGACGACUCCAUCUGACCCCCCUUCAGGAGACUUCCCUGGGGAGACCGUACAAUUCUCCCUUGUCAGAGGAACCGCCGUGAUGCACGACACAGUUGAUCCGAAGACGUUCCUGAGGGGCAUCACUUCGGAGAUAGAUAGGGCAGCCCUCGACACCUAUGAUGAUGAUGCCCUCGAGAACAAGAUCCUCCGGUCUUCUCUUACUGCUUGCAUCGCCCUUGGUGAACAAGCCCGGAGGGGGAAAGAGUUGCGUCUUGAGAAGGCGCAACAAGAUGAGCAGUUGAAGAAGCUUGUCCACGACAAUGUUGACGCCGUGAGGCAGAUUGCGAAGCUGGAGGAGGACCUUCGGCAGGCGAGGGCUAAGUCAGAGAGAGCUAGGGUGGAGGGCCAGGCCGAGGGCAAGUCUGAGGCUGAAAAGACCGCUGCUGAGGUUGCCAAGAAAGCCGCCGAGGAUGCUGAGGCCGCCAAAGCGGAGGCUGUUGUUAAAGCCCAGGAGGAAGCUGAUGCUACCUUUAUCGCUAAGGGCUGGAGGGCUGAGGGGAGAAAACAGUGGGUGGCCUCAGUGGUGGAGGCCUCGGUAGACGAGUGGGUGGCGGGCCCCGGUGCUAUGUGGCUAACCCGGAAGGGCAUAGAAUAUUACGAUGGGGGCGAGUUCUUUACUCAGGCCCUCAUCUACCGGAGGCUGGCCCGACACUAUGGGGUGGAUCCGAAGGACUUUGAUCCAGCAGCCUAUGGCCUUCCCCCCCUCCAGCCAGACGUCAGAAUCCCCCUCCCUAAUGAUGUCGAGAGACCUGACCUUGAAGAUUCAGUGCUGAUGCAGGAGGCUGAGGAUGAUGAUGCAGAAGCCGGGGGGGAUGUCACUUCGAAGCUUGCCGAAGGGGGUGCUGCCGAGGUUGCUGAUUCUUGAUUGUACUUAGACAAUUCUUAGUAAUAUCUUGUAACAAACAUUUAUAAGCUGUCGGCUUCGGCCAAGAUGUAACAAACACUUAACAUUAUCCUUCUUUUGAUGAAUGUACGCACCCCUUCGGGUAUUCGAUGUUUGAAUUUUAUAACUUUCUUCUCUUCUGGUGAAUGAAU